UUUUUUGGUUUCAUUGACGACGGCCGGUGGUCGGCCAAAUUUCAUUCAGCGGUUGUCGACGAGUAUUAACUAAUACGAUUUAUUUGUUAUUUAUUGAAUGCGGAAUGUGAAUUACAAAGAAAUGUUCGCCAUAUCCGAGACCAAUAAAUAGAAAUAUAUUUAUUUUAAUAUAAUUAACAAAUUGUGAUAUUCGAAAUAAUUAACUAACAAUAGAAACAAACAAGAAUCAUUGCAAUAUCAUUACUUAAACAGAACAAAAUAAAUAAAUAAAUAUUAUGAAAUAAUAAUAAUAAUUUUUGAAUAUAUUUAAAUAUAUAAACAAAUAAAAUACUCGCAUUGAAACAAAAGUACGGAAAGAUAAAAAUAAUAAUUUAUCAAGCGGUUCCAAACAGAAGCGUUUAAUUCAAAAUAAAUAUCUCAAAAUUAUAGGAAUUGGAAUCCGAAUUGGACAGUUUCGCGGAUAAAAUAGCGUGCAAUCAGCAGAAAAUGCAAACAUAAAUAAAUAAAAGUACACAAUAUGUAACAUAAGCAAUAUGCAUUCUUUUAAAUAUGACAAAAUGCAACUUGUGCAGUGCUGCAAAUUCACCUAAUCAACAAUUUUGGAUGUGCGACAAAUCUAGAAAUCAACAAUUGCAACAUCAACAAACUGAGGACAACAAAUCAAGGAAGUGUUUGACUUAAGGGAACGCUUAAGCGAUUCCUCCCCAGAAUCGUGGAGUGAAAGAUUGCUUUGCAUGUGAAAAAUUGAAUUUAUAAUUAAGUUUCAUUAAAAAAUAAUUGAUAUUAAGUGAAUAUGUUGUAGUAUUUUAAAGUGCAUAGGUGAUCUUAUACAUAAAACAGAACAAAUUUAUACUCAACUCAAGUAUUUUCCAUAAAAAAAGAGAGAUUGUAUAACAAAUUUAAUAAAUUAAACAAAAAAAACAAGAAUCAUAAACACUAUUGAAAACCGGAGAGAACGAUAAAACAGUUGCCACACUUAAGUUUAUGUUCUAGAUCUGGAAAUACUUGCGCUUCCGUGUGUUCGUUUCUUCCUUCUAAGUUCUCUAGACGUUACUCAAAAGCAAAGAAAGGAAGCUGCCUGAUUAAAACAACAACGUUUUGGCUUCACUGCAGUCAACAACAACAACAGUUUUCCAAAAUAGUUGUCACAAUAUCAAAAUGAAAAUGCUUCCAGUACAAUUAUCACUUAAUCCACCUUUGGGCCUAUGGAGCGAUGUACUUUGGCGUUGUCCACCAGCACCCCCCAGUCAAUUGGCAGAAUUAAAAACACAACUGCCACCAUCGUUGCCAUCUGAUCCACGUCUAUGGGGUCGUGAAGAUGUAACAGUUUUCUUGCGUUUUUGUGAGCGUGAGUUUGAUCUACCAAAGGUCGAUCAUGAUCUCUUUCAAAUGAAUGGUAAAGCGUUAUGCUUAUUGACACGUGCAGAUUUUGGUCAUCGCUGCCCUGGUGCUGGUGACGUUUUGCAUAAUGUUUUACAAAUGUUGAUAAUCGAAUCACAUAUGAUGCAAUGGCAUUUACCUAAUAGCCCAGUGACGCCUACAAGCCGAUAUCCACUUUCGCCUCAUAGUCAUCCACCGACACCGACAUGGCCACCAAUAGCUCCGCCAGAAAGUCCAUUUCAUAAUGCUCAUUUACAUCAUUUUAUGACGCCGAAUUCUGUGACAUUAAGUCCACCACCGUCCGUGGAUUCACAGGCAAGCAGCCCACCACAAAGCCAAGAUCAAAACGCGACAAAUUCUUCAACAAGUACAAGUAGUGCCACUUGUAGUAGUAUAGCUAACAGUAAUGGCAGUGGCUCUUCCACUGUAUCUGUUACAAUAGGUACAGCGAAUGCAUUCACUACAAACAAUACUGCCAGCACAAGCAGUACCCAUUCUGAUUCUGACGAAGAAAGCUGUUCAGAUGUUGUGGCUGCUUCAAAUUCAAUAUCUGCACGUAAUAAUGUAGCAGCUGCUGUUGCUGCUGCAGCUGCACAUUACACUUCCAGUCCUCCAACAACACCAAUUUUAAAAGAUAUGUCACAGAGUUUCUCCCAGCAGAUAACUAAUUCUUUUGUUAAUUCAUGGUCACAAAAUCAAACUCAAAAUUCUGGCCAAAAGUUGCAGGCAGGCAAUGGUAAUGGUGGAUCGGUUUCAGCGCCAACUACUCCAAGUUAUAUGCAACCAGUGAAAAGGGAAUUUUUUCCAGAAAAUACAGAACCAAACACAAAUGGGCGACUAUUAUGGGAUUUCUUACAACAACUACUUAACGAUCGCAACCAAAAGUACAGUGACCUGAUAGCAUGGAAAUGUCGGGAUACUGGUGUAUUUAAAAUUGUUGACCCUUCCGGAUUAGCCAAGCUAUGGGGCAUACAGAAGAAUCAUUUGUCAAUGAACUACGACAAAAUGUCGCGAGCACUACGAUAUUAUUAUCGUGUGAAUAUCUUGCGUAAGGUACAGGGUGAGCGUCACUGUUAUCAAUUUUUACGCAAUCCAACUGAGUUAAAGAAUAUAAAAAAUAUAUCACUGCUGCGGCAAAAUGCUGCAAACUCAACGCCAACGAACACGAACAGUAAUGGUGGCAUAAAUAAUGGCGCUGCGGCUGUCAAUCAUCAAUCAAAUAAUUCAAAUCAAUUAAGUACAAACGCACAUAGUACAAAUUGGCCAAUUUCGCACCAAAACAUGAACGUAUCACUGCAGCAGGCUGCUGGAACAGUGGCUGCCCAACAAUCACCACAACGACCCUCCUCACGUAGCAAUAACCAUAUGAAUCUACCCACAAUUUCAACAUCAGCUGCUGCAGCUGCCGUUGCUGCAGCUGCUGCUGCAUACGGACCACCACCAAAUUCACCACUAUUCAUGCAUGCCGUAAAUGGCGCAUUCCACUAUUUGUCGUCGAAUGCCGCUGGAGCACCACCCAACUCUCCGGCUCCUUCAAAUACUAACAGCGAAAAAUUUCAAUUUCAUUCGUUAAAAUUAGAAAAUAGUUCUGAAAACAUUGACGAAAAUAAACCGACUGACUUGAGUGUGACAGGAACAGCUUCUUCUAAUGAAAAAAGACCAUAUUCCAAUCCAUCUGCCAAUGAAGAUUGCUAUCCCCUCAUAAGAAAUGCGGAUGGUCUGACCACUAUUAAGCUUAUACGCUAUAACAAUGACAAUGAAUUACCAAGAACAGAAUCUAAUCAAGAUAAAAGCAACAAUUUGAUGCAAAACCAUAUGUCCCGUCAGGACGAACAGGAACAAAACUGUUCAAUGCAAAUGGACAGUGAUGCAAAUCAUUCUGACUCGGAUGCCAAUCAAUAUACCAACAUAUUACCAACGGACUUGCGCAAGUAAAUAGACCACAUCCACGGUGCAAAUUAAAUAUAAUAAUUAUAUAUAUAUAAAUUAUUAAUAUUGUGCCGGAGUAUUGAACAGCGUAAUCUUCGUCACCAAUAUAUUACAAAAUAAAGAAGGACUCACCAAUAACAAUGCAACUUAGACAUAAGUUGCAUUUAUAUCCUGACAAUCAAAAGCGAAACGAUUUUGUUUCGAAACAGCUUGUAAGACAUAUAUAUGCAUUAUAUCAUCCACGUUUUAAUUAUCCUUUUAAGACAAGAAUCUAGAUCUGUAUAUUCCUACAUACAUAUGCAUACCAAUGUCGACUUCCACCUAAUCCAAUAGUGUUCGAAAACUGAAAAUAUCAUUAGUAAUAUCAGUAAUCUUCCCAACAUAUGCUAAGCUAAAAAAUCAAUAAAAAAAUAUUUGGUUAUACAUGCGAUCCUAAGUAUCCAUUUAGGCAAUUAGGUGUUACCAUACCAUAUAAGAAACUCAAGGAUAUUGGAAUAUAAAAUGUUAAAUUAAAAGCGCUCCUUUUUAUUUAAUUCCUUAUUAAAUAUAUACCGGGAUUAUAUGCAUAUAACGGAUGUAUGUAGUACUGCAGAUGAUCAAAUGUUUGCAAGUUUAUAUAAAAGUUUAAAAUUAUAUAUAAUAU